GAUGGAACGUCGACGAGUUGACAACUGCUCGUUACAAUGCAUACACCCAGCGACGCCGACUCCGAGAAGCGCGGUGCGUACGCGAUUGAGCGCGUCCCAACGAGCAAUGAGCACCUCAUCAAUGGGUACAAACCCUUGACCGACGAGGCCAAAGCCCUGGACAAGCGCGUCAACUUGAAGCUUGACUUCAUCGUCGUGCUUGUACUGGCGAUUGACUUCAUCCUGUGCGGGAUCGACAAAACGAACAUUGGCUAUGUUGCUACAACGAAUAUGGUCAAGGAUGCAAACAUCACCCAAGAUGAUAUUGCGGACUCAGUAUCGAUUCUGUCCGUUACCUUUAUCACAUUGCAGCCAUUUUCUACCGCCAUCGGACGUCGCAUAGGACCAAAAUACUGGAUCGCUUGCAUGAUGACCGCUUGGGGAGCUGUGUGCAUGGCUCAUGCAGGCACGAAGAACCGAGGGACCUUGAUCGCCUUAAGGCUGCUACUAGGCGCUUUCGAGGCUGGCUUUGUACCGACUUCUUUCUAUUACAUGUCUACCAUAUAUCCCAAGUAUUCGCUUGGGCUUCGCCUUGGGCUCUUUGCCGGCAUGUACUCUAUCGCCGGAGCUUUCGCAGGCCUAAUCGCAUAUGGCAUCUUCCAAGUGAAGCACCUUGCCGUGCACAAUUGGCAACUGCUCUUCCUAAUCGAAGGCGCCCUUAGCAUCCUUAUGGCUGUUGUCACAGUCAUUGUGCUUCCUGCCCGCUUAAAUACCGCAUGGUUCUUCAAGGCGGAUGAGGCUGCGCAUGCCGUAGCUCGUAUGGAAGCUGACGUUGCUGGCGCCUCACACGAGGGUGCUCAAAACAAGACUGGUGGCAUAACCCGCCGAGACGUCCUCGAUGCUGUCACCGAUUGGAGGAAGCUUCUCACGGUGGUCUUUAACGUUCUUGCCACGCUUCCCGUCAGUGCGUUCGGGUACUUCAUGCCGCUCAUAGUGAAAGGCAUGGGGUACUCUGGAGUCCAAGCGUCGCUUAUGAGCGUCUCGCCAUUCGUGGUCGGCGCAUGUGGGCUCUUCGUUUUCGUCUAUCUUAGCGAUCAUUUCAGGGAGCGUAGUAUAAUCGUCUCGUCAAGUAUGGUGCUGGCGAUUGUGGGACUUGUGGUCAUGCAUGUGAGCGACAAGCCAAAAUUGAGAUAUGGCUUCGUGCAUGUUUGUCUUGCCGGGGCAUUCACCGCGGGGCCACUGAUCGUAGCAUGGUUGGCAGGGAACACGCCGGAGAAGGCCAAGCGGUCAAUCAUCAUUGGUAUCAACGGCUACAGCAACCUUGCAGGCGUUAUCGCUGGGCAACUCUUCAAGUCUAAAUAUGGGCCGCACUACCGGUUUCCUCUCAUGAUGACAAUGAUCUUGAUUGCAAUCGGAGCAGUCGGUUUCAUAUCCAUGAGAAUGCUGCUCAUGUGGGAGAAUCGUCGGCGAGCACGCAUUAUUGAGACGUGGACGGCGGAGGAUUUUGAGCGAGAGAACGAGAGCCAAGAAAGGCGGGGUGACGCGAAAUUGUCUUUCAGGUACGGUUACUGAAAGGCCGAACGGGUACGUAGGAAUAGGUGAGAGGCACACGGCCACUAGUAGCCUCGAAAGUGAAAAGGGGUUUAGAAUUCAAAGGGAGUGGUAGCAAUACUCCUCCAUGGGCCCCAAAGCUGCGCACAACAAUCGCUCAUGUAUACGUUCCCUGUUGCGUACCUCCCGACUUAAUAGACUCGCCAUAGAUGUUGCAUGUUUCAAGACAAAAGGCCUCCGCGAUUCCACUUCUGGACCGGUGGCAAAAGCCAAGCACGCGUCGGCGCAUUCCAUGUACCCUUCAGAGUCGCAGCGCUUCGCGAUGUUGUCGCUCACUUCGCUAACUGCAGAUACUAUACGGAUCUUCAGAAGUUGAUCCUGCAAACUUAGGGGAAAAUAGCAUCGGCAUGUGUGACGUAUGACGGCGUACAAGGGCCGCGUGGUCAGAGCGCGCUGCGGUUUAGAUUGGAGUUGCCAAGGUAGCGGCAGCCAGAGCG